ACCCAUUUCGGUGACUCGCCAUCGGCAGCUCGGGGAAUGGGAAGACGGUGGUUGUUCCCAUGGGAUUGAAGAUACGAGCAUGAUCCUGCCUUUGCAAUCGGAACUUCGACUCUUCGAUCGGAAAUUGAUCGUAUCUUCUCCGGAAUUUAGCGAUCAGACUUGAUCAGUUUCACUAAACCAGGUAGCUUUCCCUUCUCAUUUUGAAUCGCCGGCGAUAUUACGGUUGGAUCUUUGUUCGAGUUUGUGCGAUCGAUCUAAAGGUUAAAGAUGGUGAAACCCUCUAGUUUUAGAGUAGUUCAGGGGCUUGUUCGUCUGCAUUACGCUCGGGUCAACCCGGUAACCAUUGGCCGGUCAAAACCCUCACCCUCGCCUUCUCCGACCGUUUCCUCAAAUGGGGUUUCUCAGAUCCAGUCAAGGUUCAGUUUUCACAGCUUAUCUUCAAAACCCAAUUCGACAAAUGUGGGUUUAUCUCAGAUUCUGUCCUGUCCGAUGCUCGUUCCUCGGGUGCAGCAUUGUGGCCCAGCCUUGGUUAAGCCUCGUGUCAAUGUGAAUUUCUCAUCAGCCUUGAGGUUAUUCACUACUAAGAAUUCUGGAUUCGGUCGAAAGAUCAGUGGGGAUUUCACGAGAAAGGUUGUUGAUAAGCCUGUGAAUGCUGUUACUUCGACUUUUUCAAGAUACCGUGAGGCGAUAGGGUUGCACUUUGAUGCAUUUUGGAAGAAGAAUUCUCUGUUUCUGUUUGGAGGAGGAGCGGUUUUUGUAUGUAUUUUGCUGUGGAGGAUUAUGUUUGGCAUUGCCAACACAUUUGUCGGUCUCUCAGAAGGCAUGGCCAAGUACGGGUUUCUUGCACUUUCCUCUGCCAUUGUAGCUUUUUCUGGCUUAUACCUCCGCUCAAGAUUCACAAUAAAUCCCAAUAAAGUUUACAGAAUGACCAUGAGAAAGCUCAAUACAGCAGCUGAUAUUCUUGAAGUUAUGGGUGCUCCUCUGUCGGGAUCAGAGUUGCGGGCUUAUGUGAUGUCAGGUGGUGGCAUCGCAUUCAAGAACUUCAAGCCGACCAUUAGGAGCAAGCGUUGCUUUCUCAUCUUCCCCAUUCGGGGUUCUGAGAGAAAAGGACUUGUCAGUGUUGAAGUCAAGAAAAAGAAAGGCCAGUACGACAUGAAACUGCUGGCAGUGGAUAUUCCGAUGGUGACUGGCCCUGACCAACGUUUAUUCCUAAUUGGGGACGAAGAAGAAUACAGGGUCGGUGGUGGGUUGAUCUCUGAGUUAAGAGAUCCUGUUGUGAAAGCCAUGGCUGCUACCAAGGAGUUUGAGAAUCUUGACAGAAUCGAAGAGGAGGAAGACGCCGAGAAAGAGCUACAAGAAGCCGAAAGAAAGCACCGAGAAGAACUUGAGAAGCUCGAAAAAGAUGCUUCCUAAUUCCCGGAUUGGUUGGUUUUUUCCUCUCCAGAACUCGAAAAAAGCAUACCCGACAAUCUUUUGGUAUUUCACCAGUGGUUAUGGAAGAACAUCUUCUUCAAUCCGUUCGGGAACCGAGUUUGUUUAACUUCAAUUCAAAGAUUUGAUGAAUAAAUUUUCUGGGUCAUUGUGUUCUGCUUUCUGUUUUGUCUGAAGAUAUGUUCUUCGCAGUGGCAAAAGACACAACAGAACAGGGAAACGGUUAGUGUUUCAAGAUGAUGAAUUGCAUGGUGAAAACCGGCUUUCAUUGCUA